AUGUCAGGAGGGACUGUAAUGGAUCACAUCACGUCUCUUCCUCACCAGAACGAGCAAAAUGUCAUUCGCCAUCUGACAAAUUUCGUAAAAACACCAGCUUCUGGUGAUGCAGACAUCAAAAAGAAAGAAGAGUCGAUUAUGGAGCUUGGCAAUAUGCUCGCUAAGAAUAAACAAACAGAAGAAUUGCGAAAGAUGAUCGAACAGACUCGUCCUUUUCUCGUUUCCUUAGGAAAGGCAAAAGCCGCGAAGCUUGUCCGAAAUUUAGUGGACUUGUGCCUCAUGAUAGAUGACCAGGAUGGUGACAUUAAGAUUGAACUGGUCCGUGAAUGCAUCCAGUGGGCUAUGGAUCAGAAUCGUACAUUUCUUCGUCAGACACUCGAAGCUCGGCUUAUACGACUGUUCAACGAUCUCCACAGAUACACACAAGCCUUGCCUUUAGCUGCUGAUCUUAUACGUGAACUAAAGAAAUUGGAUGACAAAGACGUACUUGUGGAAGUGGAAUUGGAAGAAAGUAAAGCAUUCUAUCAUCUUGGAAACAUUGGAAGGGCUCGCGCUUCACUCACUGGAGCACGAACAACAGCGAAUGCAAUUUAUGUGCAACCGAGAAUGCAGGCAGCUCUAGACCUGCAGUCCGGGAUUCUCCAUGCAGCCGACGAAAAAGACUUCAAAACAGCGUUUUCUUACUUCUACGAAGCUUUUGAAGGUUAUGACUCAGUUGAUGAGAAGAGUUUAGCAUUGCUGUCAUUGAAAUAUAUGCUUCUUUGCAAGGUUAUGCUUGAUGUGCCAGAUGAUGUAAGUACGCUGCUAACGGGUAAACUCGCCCUCAAGUACUCCGGUUCUGAUUUGGAAGCGAUGCGUGCGAUUGCCGCGGCUGCAAAAAAGCGUAGUCUUGCUGAUUUUAACACCGCUUUUGGUGCAUAUCCCCAAGAGUUGCAAAUGGAUCCAGUUGUACGCAAACACUUUAACUCCCUUAGUGAAAGAAUGCUCGAGAAAGACUUGUGUCGUAUCAUUGAGCCCUACUCGUUUGUUCAAAUUGAUCACAUUGCGACCAGCAUCGGUAUCGAUCGGGAAAAGGUUGAGAAGAAGUUGUCCCAAAUGAUUCUCGACAAGAAAUUCAGCGGUUCAUUGCACCAAGGUGACGGAAUGUUGAUCGUCUAUGAUGUCUCACCACCAGACGCCACAUAUGAAACAGCAUUAAAAACGAUUCACGCGAUGGGCGAAGUGGUUGAUGCCCUAUACCAAAGAGCGAGCAAAAUUCGUGGAAAAUCCAGCACAGCGCCCGCCAGUGUGCUCUGCUCAUCGUACGGAGCAGGGCUUACCUACGGGUUUCAUAUCCGUUUUUCUUGUCCCGCUGCUCGUGCAAGCGUACAAGGAACACUCAAAGGUGAAUGA